UUGUUUAUCAACAAUCAGCCGAGUCCAGAGGGUGUCACCAAGACCUUUUUACAAUCCGUAUAAGCAUGAAAAAGUGUGUACUAUGAUCAUUUGUGAGAGCUAGUUGGUGGCCAGGAUACAUUUAUGUGAUCCAGGAUUCUAAAGAAAGUCAUCUUAUUAUGUCCCAUAAACAUGAUAAACGAAAUCUAAAUUGAGAACACAAUGCAACUAGACAUAGUACUUUAUGAGACAGGAAAUUAUUUAGAAACAUGGUAAAUACCUGGAGUUUCUGAUUAAGUGAAAUAAACAUCUUAGAAAGGAAAAAAAACUAGGAUUGUGGGAAUCUUUGUCCUUCAUGCUGCGACACACAAAAACCAAGGCUUCAAGUGUGACAUGGCUGAGGAAGAGGAGAGAGGAUCCAGUUCAGCAGUGGCUGGUGGACAUUCGCUGGGCCUCGGAGAUGGAGUGUAUGAAUAUACUACAGGGGAAAUCCAUAGUCCAGAGCGUGGAGAAGUCAGCAUUCCACACAUCACACAUAAAAGGUGCUAUUGAUGUCGUGAAGAAUGAGUCUAAUGACAUCAGCGGAGAAUUUUCUGUCCUGUUCAAACUGGUUGAAGCUGAGAACUGGUCUGCUGUCCAGACAUUUACGAUACAGCUGACUUGUCACGUGAGGGGACUCAUUCAGGACUGUAACCAGACCACUCCAAACCCUCCACUUCAUAUCCUAGAGCAACAAGAAGUUGUGAUGGGAGAAUGUGCCAAACUUGCCCAACAAGUAGAAAGUGCCUUUAUAGACUCUGAGAGCCAGUGCCCCUCAAAGAUCCCGGUCAUUAACCAGCUGACCUUCCUCGGUCAGUCCUUUAGCCGCCUCGUGGACCUCUGUCUCGGCUACCUGGUGCAGAAAAUUGUGGACAUCUUAGAUGAAGCUAAUGACCCAAUGGUGCUGUCUCAGGCCAUAGGGUUUGUUUUACUUCAUACACAUAGAGAAGCUGAGAUUUUGACCCAGUCUCUGGCCACCAUCAGCUGUGUCACCGAAAGCUUGUUUGAAAUAGAAAAGGAGGGAGGAAUGUGGUGUUUACUUGACCUUUUGUCUGACCCUGAGGUCAGGGAGUCAGUGAGAGGUGAAGUAGCAGGGGUCAUAGCUCAAGUUACCUCCCCCUGUCUAGAGAAUGCCCACCAGAUGUCAGGCAUGAUGGACAAUAUGGAGGACCUGCUUGUCAAUCUUCUUGGUUUGUGUAGCUCUACAAAAAUCGAGGAAAUCUUUCUUUUGUCAUCUGCUGCCAUUGCCAACAUGACAUUUAUGGACAGCAGUACAUGUGAAAUCCUGCAGAAAAUCCAAGCUCCCAGAAUUCUCUGCUCUUCCUGUCAGUCGAACAUUGCUAAAUCUCUUUUCUCUAAGGACCAGGUAGCUACAAUUCUGGCAAACAUGGUUGCUGUCGACGUCUGCCGGCAGGACGUGGUCAGUAACGGUGGUAUAGACAUAUGUCUGGAGUUACUGCAUGAGAGUCCACUGGAUUAUAAAACACCAGCGGAAAUCGCAGCUUGUGAGAGAGUCCAGCAGAAAGCUGCCAUUGCUUUAACCAGGAUGUGUAGGGACGAGAGUAAUGCUGCUACCAUAGUCAAAGCCAAAGGAGUUCCGCGCCUGAUUAAGCUGUGCAGAGACAAACAAGAGAGAAGUAAUAGUGAUGCUGUACUUGUGGCCUGCUUAGCCGCUCUGCGGAAGAUAAAUUCCCUGAACAAACUUGAGGACUUGAGUGCUAUAGAUAACCAGCAGCUGAUCCAACCCAAACUGAUGGAUUCAUUUCUCAUCUGCACCAACACUGAUGAAAAUUUUGUAUGAACCUGUAGGAACACUGAUGAAAAUUUUGUAUGAACCUGUAGUUACAGUAUAGUACAUGUAUAAGGCUCACCUUUGCACAAUUACUAAUUAAACCUUAAAAAGGACAGUAUUAAAAACGAAACACAGUUGUCCCCCCUCAUUUCUUGCUGCAAUUACAAAGUUCAAUCCAACCAAGAUAAACUGUAAUUUGUUGUGAAUUUUUUAGUUACAAUGUAUGAAGCUUGAUGUGUUCUUUAGAUAUUUUAGUCACUUUGUGUUCACAGAAAACAAAAAUGAAAACAUGUAUUUAUUGAAAAACUCAGAUCAUAGACAUUUCAUGGAUUUCAUCACCAUUGUCAUUAUACUGCUGAUAUAUCUUUUAAGGAAAUUUAUAAGAUGUUCAAUUUUGUUUAUGUUCUAUAUUGUAAAAGCUGGUAUAGAACAUAUUCUUGAAUCAUAAAAAACUGAGUAAUGUCAAAAUUUAAGUCAUUUGUAAUAUCGGUUUUACCUAUAACUGAUACUCAAAGUAUUAUGAAAUAGCAUUGCCAUCUUGCAUGAUAUUUUGAUUCUGGAUUGACAUCAGACAUUAUUUCGGGGAAGGAUACAAAUUUUGACUAAAGUCUGAAGUGUUUCUUGAUCCUGGGGCCUAAUUGUUGUAUAUGGAGGUAUUAAGUUUAUAUGGAUCCUAUCACUAAUAUUUGUUUAAGUGAGAUUGUUAUUGUUGUGUAAGAUAUGUUUUAUAUACUUUAUUUUAGAUAUACACUGUAGGUGCUCAAUUUAUACAUGAACAUGUUUAAAUUCGUCACGUGUUUGCUUUAAUUGCUUGAUAGAAAUAUUUACAAGCAUGCACAGUAAAGAUUAUGUGAAGUGAAACUAUCCCCAUGUACCUUUUGAAUGCCAAUUUUUUUUUUCCCAUAAUGAUAUUUUUUUAAAUUGUCUCACAUUGCAGACAAAGGUUCUGAUAUUUGAUUAAUGAAUUGAUAAAAAUUUGCUAUUGUUAUCAUCUUUACAUUUUGAUAUUUGUUAGGAAUAUUGAAUGUUUUGUAAUGAUUCACAUGGUAUAGGUUUACAUGCACGUACACGUAUAAUAUUUGUCAUGAAAGCAUUUUUGCAUUUUUUAAAAAUUUCAUUGAUGAAAUCAAUAUCUUUUAGAGAAAAAA